GCAAGGGAGAAGCCCCUGGUUGUGUGGAGGUGGGUGUAAACCUUGCAGCUGGUGAGGAACUUUGUGUUUUCCUUUAUGCAGGCUGACGGGGAGACGUCAAAUGAGGCUUUCAUGGAAAAGAUCACAUUUAUUACUUCCAGAAACAAAGGUCCAGGAUGGAACAUUCCUGCUCGCUCCUGCUGCUCUGUGUUAGCUUUCUGUUUGCACAAGCUUUACCACCCAAUGGAACGGAGUUGCCAAAACCAACAACAACAACAACAAGUAAGGACGGGAACCAUUUACACAAGGACCUGCUCACUUCAAUGCUGAUCCUGCUCCUGGUCUUCAUCAUUUUCAUCCUGUUGGCUGGGUACUUUUUCAGGUUCAGAAGACACAGGAAAGCUGUUGUGAACUCCGGGGACAAAAAGAUGCCCAAUGGGAUCUUAGAAGAACAAGAACAGCAACGGGUCAUGCUGCUCAGUCGGUCUCCCUCGGGCCCCAAGAAGUAUUUCCCUAUCCCAGUAGAAAACCUUGAGGAGGAGAUACGGAUGCGAUCGGCGGAUGAAGGGAAGCUCUUCCGGGAGGAAUUCAAUUCCUUAACAUCUGGAUAUGUGCAGGGGACAUUUGAAAUGGCAAAUAAGGAAGAAAAUAGGGAGAAGAACAGAUAUCCCAACAUCCUGCCAUAUGACCAUUCCAGAGUGAUUUUGAGCCAAGUCGACGGAGUCCCACCUUCAGACUACAUUAAUGCGUCAUAUAUAGAUGGUUAUAAAGAAAAGAAUAAAUUUAUCGCAGCACAAGGACCAAAGCAGGAAACAGUUAAUGAUUUCUGGAGGAUGAUAUGGGAGCAGAAGUCGGCCGUUAUCGUCAUGUUAACCAACCUGAAAGAAAGGAAAGAGGAAAAAUGUUAUCAGUAUUGGCCUGACCAGGGGUGCUGGACUUAUGGAAAUAUCCGUGUGUCCGUGGAAGAUUGCAUAGUUCUGGUAGACUACACCAUCCGCAAGUUCUGUGUUCAGUCACUUCAUGAUGGUUGUAAAGCUCCGAGGCUUGUUACACAGCUUCACUUCACCAGCUGGCCUGAUUUCGGGGUGCCUUUCACUCCUAUUGGGAUGCUGAAAUUCCUGAAGAAGGUCAAAACGUUGAAUCCUGCCCAUGCUGGACCCAUUGUGGUUCACUGCAGCGCUGGUGUGGGCCGCACGGGCACAUUCAUCGUUAUCGAUGCCAUCAUAGACAUGAUGCAUGCGGAGCAGAAGGUCGAUGUCUUUGAGUUUGUGUCAAGGAUCCGUAACCAGCGGCCACAGAUGGUUCAGACUGACAUGCAAUACUCCUUCAUUUAUCAAGCCUUACUUGAAUACUACCUCUACGGUGACACAGAGCUAGAUGUGUCCUCCUUAGAAAAACAUCUACAAACAUCACAAAAUGCAGCACCAAACCUCGUCAAGAUAGGGCUAGAAGAAGAAUUUAAAAAGUUAACAAACGUUCGGAUAAUGAAAGAAAACAUGAGAACUGGCAACCUUCCAGCAAACAUGAAGAAAGCCAGAGUCAUCCAGAUUAUCCCAUAUGAUUUCAAUCGAGUGAUUCUGUCCAUGAAAAGAGGACAGGAGUACACGGACUACAUCAAUGCUUCCUUCAUAGACGGCUAUCGCCAGAAGGAUUACUUCAUUGCCACCCAGGGGCCGCUUCCACACACAGUGGAGGAUUUCUGGCGGAUGGUGUGGGAAUGGAAGUGCCACACCAUCGUUAUGCUCACAGAGGUGCAAGAGAGGGAGCAGGAAAAAUGCUGCCAGUACUGGCCAUCAGAGGGCUCCGUAACUCAUGGAGAGAUAACGGUAGAAAUAAAGAAUGACAGCCUGUUAGAUGCAAUAAGUGUAAGGGACUUCCUAGUUACAUACAACCAGGGUAACCAGGAGAAGCAAAGCAGGCUCGUCCGGCAGUUCCAUUUCCAUGGGUGGCCAGAAAUCGGGAUUCCUGCAGAAGGAAAAGGGAUGAUCGACCUGAUUGCGGCUGUCCAAAAGCAGCAGCAGCAAACAGGCAACCACCCCAUCACUGUGCACUGCAGUGCUGGCGCUGGAAGAACAGGUACAUUCAUAGCACUCAGCAAUAUUCUGGAACGGGUGAAGGCUGAAGGGCUCUUAGAUGUAUUUCAAGCUGUGAAGAGCUUAAGACUGCAAAGGCCACAUAUGGUGCAGACACUGGAACAGUAUGAAUUCUGCUACAGAGUGGUACAAGAUUUCAUCGACAUCUUUUCUGAUUAUGCUAAUUUCAAGUGAAAAUCCCUGCCUUAUUUUUUAAGUUCUCUGUAUAAAGAGUUUUAUAUUCUGUUAAUUUAUUCCAUGGCAUUUUGUUUGUCCACUUUAUUGUAAAUAAGACCCUGUGUUGGCUCUAAAAGUUGCGUUUGCUGUAUAAAGUUAUUUCUUAAAUAUAAAUAUCUUCUAAAGCGAAGUAUAAUGUUCAUACACAGUAUAUCACUAUAAAAUGGUAGAGAAAUCUUUAUUCUAGAUAACAGUAAAUUAAUUUCUUUGCAUUUUUCCCCUUAUAAAUAUUUAUCAGUGUUAUCUCCCAACUCUGGAAACUUUACACAGGUGAUUUAUGUUUCAUACUGAAAAAAAGGUGAAUUGUGGUACAUAGGUUUAAACUAAACAUGUUUUGGCCGUAAAUCUUUCUUCACUCUGAAAACUGAUGUUUAUCUGGGGACACAUGCUGAUAACUUGCUUGAGCUUGCUUGUUAUUUAUUUCACAGAUAGUCUCAUUGAAGGCAAGGAGACUGAGUGAAGUGCUGUUAAUGAUAAAGGUAUCAGAAUAUGGCCCUCCAUGUGUCAUAACAUACAGUCCACCUGAAAAAUAUAACUGUUUUCAAAGUCCUUUUUAAGAACCUCCAGGUUGGUGGCAGCUCUGAGUCUUGCCAUCAGUAAGACAUAAUCAGUAUAAAUUCAGAUUUGACUUUUUGAUUUAAUAGAGCUUUCAAAGUCCAUUUCUUUUGUUCUUUCCUAAAUAGUACACCAGCUUAAAUCAAUUUAGAAAGACAAUAGUGUCAGUUUACCACUAUUUGGAGAAUAUUUUGCAUAUCAGAAGAGUAUAUUUUGCAGCACCUAAGGCUGUCUACUUCAAGAAGCUUUAUAGACAUUGUCAGAAAUUGAUUUAAAGCUUCUUUUUAUACAUUUGCAUAUUUUCCCACAUCUUUGAGCAUAGGCCAAAAAGAUGAACUCUUAUUCUUUGAUUCAGUUCAACAGAAUAAUUAAUAGUAUUUGCUAAAACUCUGAAAAACCAUUUUACUAACAGUGUAAUUCUGGCAAAAUUGUGUUGUAGCAAAAUGCUCCUCUGUGUUCUUCCCCUCCUAUAUAUAUUUUAUCCAAAAAGGAGCAUUUCCUUUAUCUAAAAGGGGUAUAUGAUUGUGUAUAUAGAUAUAUUUUUAAUGAAAAUACUACUCAUAAUAUAAUUGGUGAAAUAAAGUUUAAAAGUCUUUAUCACAGCCCUGCACAGGAUGUGGUUGGGGGUUAGAAACCCCCAAAAUCACAGGGCAUCCGAAUGUUGAAUAAUGAAAAGGUAUAUCUUUUCCACUCUUUAAAAGGCAUAUAUGAACUAAUGAGCACAAAGUAUGUGACUAUGUACUUUAAUUACAUAACUAGUAUGCAAUAGCUCUGUCUUGUCCUGUUGAUUGGGGUUUCUUUCAAUGCAAACAUAAAAGCCUUAUUUAAAGUAAGCAACUUACACUGGUCAUUUCACUGUUGUUCUUGCACUAUUUUAUCCCAUGGCCAUUCUUCAUUUCCACUAACAAAUAGCACUGUACUUCAGACCAAUGAAAGGAAUCAGGAACGUGUGCAUCCCUCUCCUUGCAUUUCAUCCUGAAUGGAAAAAGUGCAGUUUUAGAAAGACCUAAGCCCACUGUUCCGAACACUGCCAUUUACUGCUUCUUGUCUUCCCAAUGAUGCACUUCUCUAUUUAUUUGUACAGUAAAUUAUGCACAUAAACAGAUUGUUUAAAGACUAAACCGUUGAGUUGCCAUGAGAAGAUACACUCAAGCCACAGAGUGUUGAGUAAUGAAUACGAAUGCUGAGUAAGUUUACAUUACUACUGCUUGCUGAAAUUUUAUCCAGUUUUAAACAGCCAUUGAAUAAAUUCAAUAUGGAAACCAACCCAGUGGGGUUUUCAGUAUGAUCAUUUGUAGCACAGGGAGACUCAGAGAGGUUAAAUGAUGAUGGAAAAUAACACAAAGAAAUUUCCAGCAACUCCAGCAUCUAAAGAGACCAACAGGAAACCUGGAGAGGGACAUUUUGCAAGGGCCUGCGGGGACAGGCCAAGGAGAAUGGCUUUAACCUGCAGAGGGGAAACUCAGAUGAGCUCUUAGGCAGAAGCUCUUCCCUGUGAGGGUGCUGAGGCGCUGGCACAGGGUGCCCAGAGAAGCUGUGGCUGCCCCAUCCCUGGCAGUGUUCAAGGCCAGGUUGGACACAGGGGCUUGGAGCAAGCUGCUCCAGUGGAAGGUGUCCCUGCCUAUGGCAGGGGUUGGAACUGGAUGAGCUUUACAGCCCCUUCCAACCCAAACCAGUCUAGGAUUCUGUGCCUUCCAAGUAAGUGUAUUUUAUGGUCCCAUUAAGUCCCAAUGCCAGGGUCUUCCCAUACAUUUAGCCUACAUGUGAUAAACAAUGUGUCUGUUUGGCAUCUUUUGGGGUCCCCUAAUUAAAUCUUUGAGUAAGAGUUGCCUCAUGAAGCAAACUUCCUCAGCAUGACAGCACUAUGGCGUGAUGUUUUCUGGGAGCUAUGGCCCCUGGAGAGCAUGAGGAGCUGCAGCAGAACCCCCGCUGCUCACCAGGUUUACUAUCAGGGGUCAUUCUGCAGGACCCAGGCAGCAAUGUGUAGUUCUAGCAAGCAGUAGGAUGGAGUUAGGCUGCAAUGUCAAAUACUACGUGGGUACUCAGAUUUUAAUUGCUAACUAUAUUAAGAUAUGUAGGAGGAAACAAAAAUACCUAUAAUAUAUUUCAGAAGUCAUAAAUAGAGCUACGUUUUUUUAUAUCUAUAUAUAAUUUGAAAAGCUUGCUUUCCAGUUCCUGUGUUUAGCCAGUUGGCUGCUUGUUGCAGCAGGCAAGUAACUGGGAAGCUUUGUCUUGGUAUAGAUACAGAUUAAUUUUCUUUUAAUUUGUCCUCUGUUGCAUGGAAUUACUUUCAAAUGCCAAAUAGCUGAUUGGAAGCUGUACAUUCUGAUCGGUGUGUGGUUUGGUCACUGUGUGACUCGACUGUUUUCAUGUGUUAAGAUAGGUUCCAGUUCACCUAAGCAUUUAAGCAUUGGCUUUCCAAAGUCUCUAUUCCACAAAACAUUGAAGUACCCUUGGUUCUUUGUUCCUGAAGCAAUCCCUUAAGUGCUUUGCUGAAUUGGGCCUUAAUGAAGAAUGCAUACUGUAAUUACCAGUGUUUUUUAGGGUAUUUUUAUGUAUCAGUUUUUUAAACUUUUCAAAGGAGCCUGACCACCCAUGUUCAGUAUUUUGAACUGUUUUUCAUUUCUCGAGCGCCAUUUUUAAUGUAAAGUUAUUGCAACUUUUUCUGUAUAACCAAAUUGUAUUUAAUUUGUCAAAUCUUUAUAAUAUAUGUAUGUAUUAUAGAGUUUCAGCUAUUAUUAUUUUCUUUUAUUACAUUUAUAAUUUGAUCUUGCUGUGUUUAUAAUGCCGGUGAAUGUUGCUGAAUUAUUUGUAUAUGCAAAUUGCAGGAUCUAAUACAUUCUGAUGCAAGAACAAAGCUUCCUUUUGAUUCUCAAACUGUA